AUGCCAAAAACAACUUGCCACCAUUCAUCGUCCUCUCAAUCGGAAACUCUUGACACCAAUAAUUUUUCAAAACAAAAUCAAAACAAAAUGAAGAGAAAAUCCAAUUGUAAUCCGAGAAAGAAAAAUAGGAAAGAAUUUGUUUCCAAUCUCAAAAAGAAUCAACCCCCUCGUCCAAUCAUUCUGGAAUCCUCCACUCAAGAGCACAAAGAUGUCAUUGAAAAUCAUUCUAAAUUCAAACAAUCGAACCAAUCAGUAAUUUCCUCCCCUCAACACAAUCAUCCUCAACAAGUGCUUACUCCCUUCAUCCAAGAAUGUCUUUUCAACACAUUGGUUCGAGAUGGAUCAUUGUCUUCAGGAACAGAGCAAAAAGAAAUAUUAAGAACGACCUACAAGAGUGACUCUCCUUGCGUUCAAAACGAGGUGGAUCUCAACGAUGAUCAACAAUUGGAACUCAUGGCAGAGAUUCUUUCAGAUACUUUGCUACAACGUAGAGGUUUCAUUUCACAACGGUCGAAAAGCAUUCGCCAAGACAGACAUGACGACUACACUCAGACAGACUCUCGAAUAAUCCAUCCUUCAGAGAAAGCAACACGUAAUGAAAAAAGUGAAGAAUGUCAUUGGGAUUUUUCAUGUCCUGUCUUUGAUGGAUCUCAAACCAUGAUGAAACACCAAAAGACACCAUCAAUGGAACCAUCAUGGAACGAAGAAGAUCAGCAUUCAUUCAAAACUCAACCAUUCAUUACUAUUCAAGGGAACUAUCCUGUGCAUUUGAACACUUUUACACCAUGCCAUCAAGAACAAGAUCCACAUUAUCAUAAUUCAGAAAAGUUGAUGAAUACUACAAAUCAAGAUUUCCAAGCUCAAUUGAAAGAAUUACAAGAAAUGGCUGAAAGACGUGCACAUGAUGCAUUAAUAUCUCAGUAUUUGAAUGAGAAAAUGAAAAGAUACAUGUUUACAACAAACUCCAAAGAAAAAUCCCUCUCACAUCUCUUUCCAGGUCUAUUUAGAAAGCUUAAAUUUGAUUUAGAAUUGAGGAAAAUGAAAAUGUAUAACGACACUUUCACCACACCUACCAUGCAACAGUUGAUGGAUGAGAUGAGAAAUGUCGUCAUUCGUCAUCGAUAA